GUCACUCCACGGCCCAGGAUCGUGGAUCAGAAGCACGCCGACGCUGCAUUGGCUGAUGCCGAAUACAUCGCCAAGCUAAUUUCGAGAGAUCGCGAUGUCGACGAAAAGUACUUCUUUGUCCCUGGUUACCACGAGAAGUACACAUACCAUAAAAAGAAGAGCCUCCAGCCAAGGAAGCGUACAAACGAUGCAAAAACAAGAACCACCUCAUGAAGAUCAUGGUCAUGGCGAUGGUCUCGCAGCCAAAACGGUCAAAGGAUGGGUUGAGCUGGGAGCGAGACGGCAAGGUAGCAUCUGGCGGGUGACGGAGGAGAAAGUAUACGAAAGGGCAUCAUAGAAGGCGCGCAUUGAGACCAGACAAACGAUUCACGAAACAAGUCGGAAAGAUGGUUAGAGAGCCAGUCUACAGCAGAAAGGCGGGUGACAAGUACCAGGUCGACUGCUCCAUGGAUGGUGCGAAGUACUGCGAGAUGAUGGUUCAGACGAAUGGUGGCCUGGCAGCCGUCCAAAAGUACUUCAAAGACUCUGGAUUGGACUGUAUCGAAAUACAAGAAGAUGGGGCACCCGGUCACGGCUAUGACAACCAUACUUGGCCUCCGUCGCGGACGGAGAACCACAAAACUUUAGAUAAGGCUGCCAAAACGUACCGAAUUAAAUUCCGAAAGCAGGCAGGCCACUGCCCCUCGCACAACGCCCUCGACCAGGCGGUGUGGACGCACUUGGCCAGCCGUGUGCGCAAGCGCGUCAAUGAAUUCAAGGAGCAGAUGCCGAAGGACAAGUUAUUAGACUUGCUGUGGAAAGUCAUCGAGGAAGAAUUUUGGGCUAUGGACCCGGAGAUCCUCGACGACUGCUUCUGGUCCAAGGAUGAGGCGGCCAAGGACACGAUCCGCCUGAAGGGCUGGAGCAAGGGCAAGCAGGAGCAUAGCCAAGUACGCAUUACGAAGAAGAAGUACCUCCAAUCAAUGGGUUGGAAGCGCAUUCCGCAC